GUUGUGUUCGGGCAGAGAAACUCCGAGUGGUACAAAGGGACGUGCCCAGAGUGGAGAAAUCAUGCUAAUUGUGUGCACCAGAGCUGGAGAACGCCACCCAAAAUGAAGAGAGAAAGGGAAGCCCUGUCCAGAGCCUUCAGUGCCCUGCGCCUCACUCCUUUUCUCUAUCUGCUUCUGAUCCAGACAGAGCCCCUGGAGGGGGUGAACAUCACCAGCCCGGUGCGCCUGAUCCAUGGCACAGUGGGGAAGGCGGCCCUGCUUUCUGUGCAGUACAGCAGCACCAGCAGUGACAAACCCGUUGUCAAGUGGCAGCUGAAGCGGGACAAGCCAGUGACCGUGGUUCAGUCCAUCGGCACAGAGGUCAUUGGUACCCUGCGGACCGACUAUCGAGACCGCAUCCGCCUCUUUGAAAACGGCUCCCUGCUUCUCAGCGACCUGCAGCUGGCCGACGAGGGCACCUAUGAGGUUGAGAUCUCUAUCACCGAUGACACCUUCACUGGGGAGAAGACCAUCAACCUCACUGUAGAUGUGCCCAUUUCGAGGCCCCAGGUGUUAGUGGCUUCGACCACGGUGCUGGAGCUCAGCGAGGACUUUACCCUGAACUGCUCGCACGAGAAUGGCACCAAGCCCAGCUACACGUGGCUGAAGGACGGCAAGCCCCUCCUCAACGACUCGCGGAUGCUCCUGUCCCCCGACCAAAAGGUGCUCACCAUCACCCGUGUGCUCAUGGAGGACGACGACCUGUACAGCUGUGUGGUGGAGAACCCCAUCAGCCAGGGCCGCAGCCUGCCCGUCAAGAUCACCGUGUACAGAAGAAGCUCCCUCUACAUAAUCUUGUCCACAGGAGGCAUCUUCCUCCUUGUGACCUUGGUGACAGUCUGUGCCUGCUGGAAACCCUCCAAAAAGAAGAAGAGGAAGCUGGAGAAGCAAAACUCCCUGGAAUAUAUGGAUCAGAAUGAUGACCGCCUGAAAGGAGAAGCAGACACCCUCCCACGGAGUGGAGAGCAGGAGCGGAGGAGCCCCACGGCACUCUACAUCCUGAAGGACAAGGACUCCCCGGAGCCCGAGGAGAACCCCGCCCCGGAGCCUCGGAGCGCGACGGAGCCCGGCCCGCCCGGCUACUCCAUGUCGCCGGCCGUGCCGGGCCGCUCGCCGGGGCUGCCCAGCCGCUCUGCCCGCCGCUACCCGCGCUCUCCAGCGCGCUCCCCCGCCACGGGCCGGACGCACACGUCGCCGCCCCGGGCCCCGAGUUCGCCUGUCCGCUCGCGCAGCGCCUCGCGCACACUGCGGACUGCGGGCGGCGUGCACCUGAUCCGCGAGCAAGACGAGGCCGGCCCGGUGGAGAUCAGCGCCUGA